ACGAGCGGGAGGACAGGAGCGAGGAUGCGGGCGACUGGAGCUGGCGCACACACUUUGUGUGGACGCUGGUCUACGUUCUGGGGACCUGAUGGCAGUGGACGGAGGCGGUGCUCGGGUGUCGACGGUCUCGAGGAUCGUGUCCACCAUCGACACGGCGGUCACGCGGCACUCCCGCCCGCUUCUGCAGCUGGAUGAUGACGAGGACCGGGAGGGAUCCCCGAGGAAGGACCAUCGCCACGUGGCGUACACGAAGCCGCGUCUCGACUCUGCUCGUGCUCCGUCCGCCAUCAGCAUCGCACUGUGGACCCAUGCUGUGGGUCUUGGGCUCGUCUUGGCCGUUUGCUGGACUGACAUGAUUCCUGCCAUCGGCAAGAGUUCCUCGGCACACGAGUUCUGGGAACACCUGCACAGCACACUGGCGUGCCAUUUUGGCCGCAACAGCCAGAUCGUUAGCACGGACAGUGCAGACUCCUGCUUCCAGACCCUGCUCUGUGGUUGGCUGUUCUUAGCCUCGUACCUGGUGUUCACUGUGUGCUCCACAAAGUUCCUGGUGAUCAGCGAGUCGUCUGUGUUCACGCUGGCAGUGAUGACUGCUUCCCUGCCCCUGUGUGGUGUCUGGUGGUCGCUCUUCAGCAUGGUGGGGCUCAGUGCUGACAACAUGGGAGAACUAGUGGAGUGGUCGCCAUCAGUGAGUGGCGAGCUGAUUUGUUCCGUCCUGGGACUGCCCAUCGUCCUAGUUGGCCUGGUGCUGUUCACCAAGGCCCACUUCUGGGAGAUGAGCUACGACCGGCUGGUGUUCACCUGCCUGAGGCACCAGUCCUCCGAGCCGUAGUACGCAAGCCCUUUUCUUCUGUUCUUUCCUGCAUUCCGAGUCCUAUGCUGCCAUAAUUGCCAAGGCAUUAUGCUCUUGUGGGAAAGUGAUCCGCAGGCAUGACUCAUUUUAAGAGCAGUGAUUUGGUAUCCAAGCAGUUUGGAUCAUACUAUAUAGUCUUGAAAGCCCAUUAAAACUUUUGUUUACAUAUUUUAUUAUUUUUGGAAUUCUGACUUUUAUUCUUGCGGGUUUUUGAGUGAUGGUGGUAUUGCACUUAAAAUUUAUUUGAAAUGUGAGGAUUUGUUGCGUGUGCUUCCUCAGCAAUUUUCCAAAGUAUUUUGUUUAUAUUCAUUUGAACGGGGCAUUGAUUUGGGUCAUCUGUGACCGAGAUGGUAAUGGUACUGUAAAUAAAACAGCUGCGGUCGGUAGCCAUUACAUUCAUGAUGUUUUUUCUGUUGCGUCACUGUAAACAUUUUAUAGUUCACAGUUUAUCCAUAAUAAAAUAUUUACCACCUGCUAUAUUUUUACAUGUAUUUACGACAAAGAAUUUUACUGGAAAUAUUUAUACAUUUAGUAGUUUUAUUGAGGCAAGAAUAAAGAAUACUGUAAAAAAUAACUGCAGAGGUCAACAUCAGUACAAAAAAUGCUACUAGUUUUAUAUUAAAUCUUAAGAGGUAAUUCAUAAUUUUGAAUAAAUUACAUUAGUCCAUAAUUAAUAUUUAAAAUAAUUUGAAAUUGGGCUUCAAGUUCUGUUUUUAAAAGUUUUAUGCGAGGCUUAUUCUACUUAUUCUAAACAACAAAUAUUUUUGGUAAUAGUAUCCACACAAACUGCCCAAUUUUAAGAGGGAAAGAUGAACAAAUAACACAUAAUGUAGGUAUGCCAUUUGCGUGAAUUUUGUUUUUAUGUAGCAACUGAUUUUGAACUAUUUCCGUCUUACGAAGUUUUCCCUGUUAAUAGGUGUUUAGCAUCCAGUC